UCCGGCAAGGCUGUGUGGGCGGGGCGCGACAGCGCCGUCGCUGAGGCUUCAAGAUGGCGGAAGCCCUGACAAGUCAAGAAGAGCUGGCUGUGGAGGAGUUCUUGGCCGAGCUGAGGAACCGGGAACAGCACGCCGAGGUGCUGGUGUCCCGCACCACAGCUGUCAAGUUCCUGAUGGCCCGCAAAUUUGAUGUCUCUAGGGCCAUAGACCUCUUCCAGGCCUACAAGAACACCAGAAUAAAAGAGGGAAUCUACAACCUCAACCCAGAUGAGGAGCCCCUACGGUCUGAGCUGCUAAGUGGAAAGUUUACAGUCCUCCCCGGCCGAGAUGCCAAGGGUGCUGCCUUGGCCUUGUUCACUGCACGUCUCCACAGGCCUGAUGGGACGUCACACAAGGUUGUGUUGCAAGCCAUCAUCUACCAGCUGGACAAAGCCAUUGAAAGUGUUCAGACGCAACGAGACGGUCUUAUAUUUAUCUACGACAUGACCAACUCCACCUAUGGGAAUUUUGACUAUGAGCUGUGUGUAAAGAUCCUCAACCUCCUCAAGGGUGCAUUUCCUGCACGUCUCCGGUGUGUUUUCAUUGUGUCGUCCCCACUGUGGUUCCGGGCACCAUUCGCCGUGCUGCGCCUCUUUGUCCGGGAGAAGCUAAGGGAAAGGGUGUGCACAGUGAAGGCCCAUGAGUUAGCCGGCCACAUCCCUAUGGAGUCUCUCCCGGAACACCUUGGCGGAUCUUCUAAGUACAGCCACAUUGCCUGGAUCCAAGCCUGUGUGAACUCUGGUCAGGGGGGCCCACUAAGUGGACCUGGCGAUGGGGACUGUGUGGGGAAUCUUCUCCGCUCUUAUUCUCUUCAACAGACCAAUGCCAACUGUGGCCCCAGUCUUGUUGGGGAUGGGCUCAACUCUAACCUGGCCGACGACAAUGUUUGUGCCACCAAUGCCAACCUGCGCAACCACUAUCGCAAGCAGGGUAGAACUACCAUAGAGCUGGAGCCCUCACAAGGCAACUGCCAGCACUGGAAUGGCUCCAUGCUCAUGCAGGGGUCAGGGGUGACAGAGACGGCAGAUGCUGGAAAAGAGUAUAAUGAUGUGGCCCACGGCAGCCCCAGUGCCAAUGGAAAUGAACGGGGCCGCCACCCGCCACCACAGUCAGAUACGCCUCCAGAUACGCCGCUGCGUCGCAAACACACCGGAAGCCUGGGUGGGAGAGAUGGGGCUGUAGUGUUGCUGGACCAGGACACAAAUGGGAGUGGGGGCGGGGGGGAAAUUGAUGGGGAGUUGGGUGUGCCGCCACUACCACAGAAGAUCUCACGACCCAUGGCCCCCAGUAACCCGGGUGUGUGCCCCUCCCCCAUACCGGACAUGGAACAGUCAGUGCACAUGCCUGAACCUGGUGGCAUGGGUGUGGCUGAGCUGGUGCAGUACGUAAAGAGGAAGAAGAAGAAGGGCAUCUACCAGGAGUAUGAAGAAAUCCGCAAAGAGCCGCCAUCAGGCACCUUUGACUACUCCAAGAAACUGUCCAAUCAGGUCAAGAACAGGUACAGCGAUGUCCUGUGUUUGGACCAUUCGAGAGUCAAACUCAGCCCUCUGAAUGACGACAAUGAUGAGACCUCAGAUUAUAUUAAUGCAAGUUUUAUGGAUGGGUACAAGAGAAGCAAUGCCUAUGUUGCUACUCAGGGGCCUCUGCCAAAGACAUAUAGCGACUUCUGGAGAAUGGUGUGGGAACAGAUGGUUCUAAUUAUCGUCAUGACGACAAGAGUAGUAGAACGAGGUCGGGUCAAGUGCGGUCAGUACUGGCCCCUAGAGACGGGCCGCACCGAGCAGUACGGCUUUUUCCAUGUGAGGAAUCUGCACGUCGAGAUGUUCCCGGACUUCAAGCUCACACACCUGGAGCUCUACAACACCCAGACACUGGAGCGUCGGGACGUGGCUCACUACCAGUACGUGAGCUGGCCCGACUUCGGAGUGCCCAAAUCAGCCUCUGCCAUGCUGGCUUUCCGGGCCCAGGUCAAGCAGCACCAGGAGGCUGCCUUCCAGUCUCUGUGCAAUGACUGGACAGGGCCACCAGGGGGCCCUCCAGUGGUGGUUCACUGUAGCGCAGGCAUCGGAAGGACAGGUACUUUUUGCACUCUGGACAUCUGCCUGUCGCGGCUGGAGGACAUCGGCACGGUGGACGUGAGGCAGACGGUGCAACGCAUGCGCUCGCAGCGCGCCUUCAGCAUCCAGACAUGGGACCAGUACUACUUCUGCUACAUGGCUGUGCUGGAGUAUGCACAGCAGCAGGGUCUGCUAGCGCCCAUUGAGUGGUCUGACACUGAGCUAGACACUGACAGCGAGUGAGAUUGUGGUUCGGCUGAGCUUGGAGUAUGUGUGGGGUGGGAAGUGUGAAGAGUAAAACUGUCUUCAGGACUAAUAACCCCUUCUCGUUGGUAGCUGGUCUCAGUAUGAAGGUUUGGAGUUCCGUUACAAUGGAGAAGAGAAGAACAGAGUUGGAUGUGAAGUAAUUGAUCUGUCCUUACAGUCCCCUCCCCCCCCCCCAGGACUGUCUUGAAAUGGAAACAGUGGUGUGUCUUGAUUUGUAGCAUUUUAUAUUUACUUGCACAUGUGGAAUGGCAAACUUGAAAAAUGUACCCUUAUUUUCCUUUUACCUGCUCAGCUACCCCUUCGCCCCACUUUCCCUGCAUUUUACAUACUCGAUUUCACAAAGGGAGGGAAAGAAGUUAUGCCAGAACUUGAAUAUGAUUUUUUUAAAAGAGGAAUUUAUAAUAUAUGGCUGCCAGUCCAUUCUAAGUUCAUUUUAUUUUUUUAAUGUUUUUGUAUUCUGUUGUUCAUAUGUAAACUAAUCUUAAAGCCAAAGGUAUUGCCUCGAAUGCUUGGAUGUUAUGAUCAUAAUUGCGAGAAAAUGUCCUUGUAUAUUCUUGUAACAUACAUUUAUAUAUUGUGCAUAACAACCUUUGACAAAGCCUUGUUUUAAUAUAGACUUAAAAGUAACAUAUAUAGUAGAAAGCAUACUCACAAAAAAUACUGUGCUGUAGUAAACCUGUGAUUAGUCAGGUCUUACAUCAUUCAUUCAGUCAUAGUUUAGUUUUUCCUGUUUUCAGUUUGUAGAAAGUAUAUAAACUGGACUCAAACAGCUGACUCGGAUUUCUUACACUGCCUUGAUCAAUCAAAGGUUGUUUGGUUCUCAUGUUUGUUCUGUUUUCUCACUCUGCUGACGCCAUGAACUAUGCCGUGUCAGCUUCCCAAGGCCCCCGCGCCUUCCGCGAUCCGUGCCUUCACUUUGCGUUCUCCAUUGCAGUGUGCACACAGUCAAUGUACACAUGGCUAUUAGAUUCUCUACAGUCUCAGGGGUUAAUUUUAAUGUUGCUGGUCUCAAAAAUAAUUUUAGUUCACCUCUGGUAAUCGUUUGAAAGUUUAUUUUAUAUAGUAUAUUGUAUUUUACCUUGUUUUAUUUAUGUCUUUGUAAAACUGACAGUAUUGAACAUGAAUGUUGG